UGCUGGAGGAAACGCCGCUCCACACAUGGAGACGGAGGAAGGGUCUCAGACACCUCUCAGUCUCAUUGAAACUCCGCUGAAACUCGCGUCUCUCGGGGUUCUUCUCUGUAGCCUGUCAUUGAUGUUUGAAGCUUUUUUCUUCGGGAUUUCUUUCUCCUUCUAUAAUAUCUCUGAACCUCGUGCGCUGCCGCGAGCCGCAAAGGGAGGUUUCACCAACAAGUCACAGCCGCGAGCCAGAGGAGUUUGACGGACUCCUAUUAAAGAAACAGUUUGUCUCGCUUUUUUUUUUUCCUUUUUUUUUUGCAAGAAUCAUUCUGACCCGGGAUUAAAGGCUCUCCGCUUUCUGAGUGGUCGUCCGCUAACAUGUACCCAUCAGGGGACACAGUGGGUGUCCUCUUUUGCCUGGCUCCAGUCCUGGUUCAGGUUCUGGUUCUGGUCUGUCCUGGUGCAGGUUACAAUCUGGAUCAGGAGCACAGUCUGGUGUUCAACGGCCCCAACUCUUCAAUGUUUGGAUACUCCGUGCUGCUGCAUCGCCACCACAGUCACAAAUGGCUGGUGGUCGGCGCUCCAGUGGCUAGCAUCCCCAGUUCACUGGUUGAAUCUCCUGGAGCGGUUUAUCAUUGCAAAAUCACCGCAAAGUCACCACACAAUUGCGUCCUUAUGCCUGCUGAAGUUUAUAGCUGUGGGAAGACCUGCGAACCUGAGCGGGAUCACCAGUGGCUGGGCGUCAGUCUGUCCAGACAACCCGGAAGAGACGGACGCAUCCUGGCAUGUGCUCACCGCUGGACCAAUGUGUACUACUCAAGGAAAGACCACCAAAGCAACAAGCUUCCUCACGGGGUCUGUUAUCUCUAUGAGAGUGACCUGAAGUCCUACAAGCCCUACUUACCCUGUUACAAAGACUACCAGAGGAAGUUCGGUGAGGAUUAUGCAUCAUGUCAGGCGGGCAUUUCCAAUUUUCUGACACAGGAUCUGAUCAUCAUGGGAGCACCAGGAACGUUUUAUUGGAAAGGCUCAGUUCUGGUGCAGAACAUCACCAGCAGAAGGCUCUCUGUGUAUUUGGAUGAGAAUGGAGUUGUCAACUAUGGAAGCUACCUCGGUUAUGCCGUCGGAGCCGGUCACUUCCAGAGUCCCUCGUCCUUGGAGGUGGUGGGGGGAGCUCCACAGCACCAUCAGAGGGGCAAGGUCAUCAUCAUCUCAGUAGAGAACAACCAAAUGUUGGAUGUGGUUUCAGAAAUUACUGGAAAUGAAAUGGGAUCUUUUUUUGGCUCCAGUGUUUGUGUGGUGGACCUGAAUGCUGAUGGUUUGUCAGACCUGCUAGUUGGUGCUCCCAUGGCCACGGGGACCUACAGGGAGGAAGGAAGGGUGUAUGUGUAUAUCAAUGAGGGACAGGCGAAGCUUAAAGAGGCGGAGUUUCAGCUGACUGGCAGCAAUGCUUACGCGGCACGGUUCGGACAGACCAUCGCUGACCUUGGAGACCUGGAUGACGAUGGCUAUCCAGACGUGGCCGUUGGUGCUCCACAGGAAGACGACCUCAAAGGAGCCGUCUACAUCUACAAUGGCAGGAAGGAGGGUAUUUCACCAUCACCAUCACAGAGGAUUACAGGAUCCUCCUUGGGUCGUGACCUGAGGAUGUUCGGACAAUCACUGAACUCUGGGAUUGACAUUGAUGACAAUGGCUACCAGGAUGUGGCAGUGGGAGCAUUCCUCUCAGACUCAGCUGUGGUUCUCAGGACCCGACCAGUGAUUCAACUACAAGCGUCUCUGAUUCUGCCUGAGCAGCUUGACCAGCGGGUGGCGCUAUGUCAAGAUCACAGGACUCAAACUGCCUGCUUCAACGUUACAGUCUGCUUCAGUUUCAUGUCUAAACACUUCAGAGGGGCAAUAGAACUCCAGUAUAAUUUGACCACUGACCUCCUCCAUAAACCAUCGUUCCCUCACCGUUUCUAUUUCCAUGGUAACGGAUCAUCGAACAGCACGAGGGGUCAUGUGAAGGCUCAACACGGCCAACCCACCUGUGCAACACAUGUGGCGUACCAAAGGAAAGAUGUUAAAGACAUUUAUACUCCAGUUCAGUUUGAAGUUUCCUAUGGCCUCAGAGAAAAAAGCAGCCACAGGGGCUCUUCCAGAACCUUCCCUCCAUUAAAACCCAUUCUCCAGCAGAGCGCAGGACAUCGUCACACCAUCACCAACCAGACUCAGUUCGCACGCUCCUGCUCUCUGAAAAACUGUUCGACCGACAUGCAGCUGUCAAGUGAACUGGUGCUGCCGCAGCAGCAGACGUUUUUUGCUCUGGGCUCGGGACAAAUCGUCCUGAAAGUCUUGGUGGUGAACUCCGGAGAUGAAGCCUUCCUGCCACGCGUGACCGUGAGGUUCCCAAACAACAUCCACUACAUCAAAGUGCUGUAUAACCAGGACAACACGAUUAGCUGUGACGUCACGGAGGAGGUGAACACUACAGACGUGAGCGUCGACUGCAGCAUCACCGGCCUCGUCCUCCCAGCCCUCGCUCAGAUGAAUCUGAGUUUUCUGCUGGAUGUCAAUCAGAACAGCACGCCUGGCGACGUUCACAUCAAGAUCAACACGAGCAGCGAUAACUACGAGAAUGAGGAGUUUCUCCACGAUAACAGCAUGACGCUCGUUCUCCCUCUGAAAUAUGCCGUCGGUGUCAACAUCCACGGUUUCGUGAGUCCAACGUCUUUCGUGUUUGGAGACGAGGACCUGAUUCCAGCUGAUUGCUACCCUGAAAAAUUCAACUACACAUACAAGGUGUUGAACUCUGGUCCCAGCAGGGCAAUAAACACCGUGGUGCAGAUCGCACUGCCAAAGAUCCUCGCGCCUUACCGACACAGACUGCUGCAGGUCACCGACUGGAAGUCAUCUCAUGGUUCGUGCUCCAUAAGUGACAAAACGGUGUCGGUCAUCGACGACUGCGACGUUCCUCAAGCUUCGUUCAUCAACCAGCUCAUUUUCUUCUUCUCGUCCACCACCACCCGCACAAUGUUCUGUGGCUACAGAGAUGAUCUGUGUGAGCGCCUGGAGUGUCGCCUCGGUAACCUGGAUGCAGGGAGGGAUGCUACCAUCCAGCUGGAGAUCGCCCUGAACCCUGCUGUGCUGUUGCAAGCACCGGGCCGUCACGCUGUCAUGACGCUGGAGAGCACAGCAAUUAUGUCAUCUCCCAGAGAAGAUCCUCACACCGUCCUAAUAAAGGAUCUACCUGUUGCACAGGUGGUGGUGGAAGCUGUUUUUACCCACAAACCCUCAGCGGUGGUGAAGAUUUUCAUCAUCGUCGUCAGUUUAGUUUUGGGACUGAUCAUCCUGGCAGCGCUCAUCUGGUGUUUAUGGAAGGCCGGCUUCUUUAAGAGAAGCUUCAAGAAGGAGGAGGAGCUAAACAGAGACAGCUGGGACUACGUUCCCAAACUAAACAACAGGGAGAGCUCUACUUAACCUCGGCUGCUGACUCUCUCCAGGACUUUGCAACAAUGCAGGAUGAGGAAGAAAGCAUCCUGAACUGAAAUACCAAAUGUGUCUUCACAAAGGACAGACGAGCCUAAGGUCUUGAAAAAGACCACAGCACUGGAUGGUUGGUUGUAUGGAUGGACGGAUGGAUAGACGGAUGAAUGUAUGUAUGGAUGGAUGGACAGAGAACUAAAACAGUCAAACCUUUGCCAAGAUGAAGGCAACGAGGCUUCCUGUGCUGUGGAUCAACACUGAAGAGGAACCGCACCCAAAGAAGUGACUUUCUGGUGAUCUCAGGGGAUGGAAACCUCACUUCUGAUUGGUUCAAACCUUUGGAAUAAGUUCCUUCAUUUCGCUGACCUGCUGAUCAGCAGAGACAGAGCAGAGACUUCACAGGUUGUCUUACGUCAUCCAACAGUUGCCGUUGAUGCUGGACUGGGGUCCAGGCAUCAAAAGGCAACGGGCUGCAGAAACGUGCAGGAAAAGGGAAUUAAUACAACUUGUGUGUUCUGAAAUGGGGACACAGGUGAAUGCUGGGAAAUGGGAUCCAAUGCUGUGUUUUGCUGUUUUUUUCCCCCCCUGCUGUCACUGGUCUGUUUGUGUCUGCUCCUUUUGGCUGAAUCUCAUGCCACCUCUAGAUUACAAAAGACGUGUCCACACAUAUUUGCAUUGGUCACCAGGAACAAGAAAGAACUAAUCAUGCAGCAAAAUCUUGAUGUCUAAAAAUAAAUAAAGUAGCUAGCUCUUCCCAUAGUAUAGAAAUCAAAGAGCUGCAGAUACUUUGGAAGAUGGUGCUAAGAGAUCACAGCGGGUAGAAUGUCUUUAUUUUUAAGAAGCCUUUAUUAGAAACAAUGAGGAUCUAGCCAUAUGACACAGAUUUUAUUAACUUAAUUUAAUUUAUGUAGUUAUUUACAAGUUACAGUGUGCUGAAAUUAAAUGAAUCUGCAGUGUGCAAAAGAUUGAAGCGAAUCUCCCCCGGACUACGCCAAAGGAAUAAACAUCUACUUGAAAGAGGCUUUUAAAAAAGGUGAAACAUGUUUAAAGCAUUGUUUUAACUGCUUGUAUUCUGUGAACGCAACCUGUUAAAGCAAGCGCGUCCCUCGCCGUUUACAUGUCCUACAAACACACAUCAUGCAGGUGAUUGAAUGUUUUAUUGCAUUUUUUAUUUUGUUACCUUUUAGGAAAGUUUGUUCUGCACUGGAGCGUCUCACUGCUUUUUAUCAAUACUCCUUUAUUAAAAUAAAAGAUUUUUUUUUAUUAUUAUUUAAA